AUGCUCGGUGCGAAUGUUGCGCACGUCCAUGACCUGAUUGCGGCCAAUACGAAGCGGUUGGUUGCGGAAACGAUUGAGCAUCUCCAGCUGAUCUCAAAGCAGAAGGCGUAUGCAAAUGGGGUGCUGAUUAGUGAAGCUUUGCGGAAGAAGGCCGAUGAAUUUGAGGGACACUUUGAGGAAUAUCUGCCCCAUGCUAGCAUCUACAACGACAAACUGAUCGAUUUAACGGCAAACUUCCAUACCUCCUGCGAUCAAUGCAAGGAGACCUUGGAUCACGGGCUGACGAUUAUUGAUGGAAGCUCGGUCGCGUGCAAGAGGUGCUACGACGAUG